AUGUCUGGCGCCUCCGAUCGCGAGCCAGUCUUCCCGACCCGGCAGUCGCUGGGCAUCAUGAAGGCGAAGCUCAAGGGCGCCGAGACUGGUCACAGUCUGCUGAAGAGAAAGAGUGAAGCUCUCACAAAACGAUUCCGAGAGAUUACGAGAAGAAUAGAUGAAGCCAAGCGCAAGAUGGGACGCGUUAUGCAAAUUGCUGCCUUUUCCUUGGCUGAAGUCACAUACGCUGUCGGCGGCGACAUUGGGUACCAGGUGCAGGAGUCGGCCAAGUCUGCCCGGUUCCGUCUCCGCACGCGCCAGGACAAUGUGUCUGGUGUCUUGCUUCCCGCCUUUGAAAGUUAUCUGACCGAAGGAAAUAACGAUUUCGGUCUCACCGGUCUCGGCAAGGGAGGGCAGCAGGUGCAGCGUUGUCGUGAGACGUAUGCCCGCGCAGUGGAGGCUCUCGUUGAGCUCGCUAGCUUGCAGACGGCCUUUGUGAUUCUCGACGAGGUCAUCAAAGUCGUCAACAGACGAGUCAACGCCAUUGAGCAUGUCAUUAUACCCCGCACAGAAAACACCAUCAAAUACAUCAACUCGGAGCUAGAUGAGGUUGACCGCGAGGAGUUCUACAGACUGAAAAAGGUCGCCAACAAGAAACAACGAGACACGGCUGCUGCGGAUAAAGAGAUGAAGGCGAAGCUCCUAGCGCGAGCCAAAGCGGAGGAGGGUGUCGCGGCGGACGAUGCUGCUGAGGAUGAACCCUCGGACAUGCUGGCUGCCGGCGAGGACGACGAUGUCAUCUUUUAA